UAUUCUUAUGUUUUGGUUUCAUUUCGUAUUUUGGGCGUGUUUUGAUUUUGCUUCUUUUCUUACUUAUUAUUCAUUUUGUAUUCAUUAGUAUUAAGUAACAUGGUUAAUAAAUCGAAAACUGGACUCUUUGCCUUAGGUUUUUUUAUAACGGCUUCUAUAUUUAUUGUAAUAGCUUUUGUUAGCCCUUAUUGGUUAGUAACCGAUGGUAAACUUUCUGACCCGAAAUUUCUCAAAAUAGGGCUAUGGCAAGUUUGUUUCAAUGGGUUUGAAGAGGUUCAUCACUGGUAUGAUACACGGUUUACUGGAUGUUGGUGGAUAUUUGAAGAGGAGUACUAUAUAAUACAUGAUAUUCUUUUGCCAGGAUUCUUUAUAGCAACUCAGUUUUUUUUCACAGUCACAUUGUGCAGUGUCCUGGCAUCAAUGCUUCUCUCUUACUUAUACAUAGGCAAAGAUAAAGAUGAUGAGAAUUAUGUGACGUUAUUAGUGACUUUAGGGACAGUUCUUGUUAUCGGUGGAUUUUCUGGAAUUAUAUCUGUUGUUACUUUUGGAGCUAGAGGUGAUGGCCGAGACUGGAUGCCAAAUUGGGAGCACAAUGAUCUUGGCUGGGCGUUUGCACUCGGUUGUGUUGGAGUAAUUUUUCUAUUUCCUGCUGGCAUACUGUUCUUGGUUGAAGCAAGAGUGCAUAAAUAUAAAAGACUUCAUGAAAUGCAAAGCCGUGACCCUUCCUCUUAUUCAAUGCAUGAGAGGAAAGUUGGAUACACUGGAGGACAUACUGACAUAUAAUUAUAGCUUUUUAUUAUUAUUGACUUAAUUGUAGUUAUGAAGUCCGUCCAUUAUAGUAAAUUAAAUUUUUAAUAGGAAUGUAGAUGUGCUUAAAAAAAAUGUGUUUGUUCUGGUAUAUGGUGACUGAGGGUGUAAUCUGAAUAUCUUCAGUUUUAUUGAAAAAAAAAAUGUACAAAGGAUGAAAUGAGAUGUGUA